AUGGCGCUCGUAGCGGAUGUCAGGUGUGCCCCGGAAGUCCACAGGCUCCGGCAGUACAAACCCACGUUGUCAGUGUCGCAGUUGGGAGUGCUGCAGCUGGCGGUGCCUGGCACGGCUUCUUCAAGGUACUCUAAUGCAAGCAGGCCUCUCGGAGGCCUUUGCCUUGGAGCGCUGGCAUCUGCAGCCCUCACGAGCCACCGUCGCCGGAACUGCAGGAGAGAUAGGACACGGUCUAUGGCACUGGAGGCUGAGGACGACAGCAGCGAAGUCGCAAGCUGUGGCAUCUGCGGGGUAUUUGGUGGAGAACGCCGCGGGAUGCUGCAGGCUGGCCUUCUGCUUUCCCUUCCCUCUCCUUCUGCCGCCGAGCAACUCCAAAUCCAGGGGGGCUCCGUGAACUGCAUCAACUGCAACGGCGAAGGAUACUUGACAUGCUACAGGUGUAAAGGAACGAAGAAGAUGCGAUGGCUUGAAGAGGAGACUCCUCAAGCAGAACUGAAGGAUUGCAUCGAGUGCGACGCCACGGGAUACGUACCUUGUGGCCGUUGCCAGGCUACAGGGCUGUCAGCCGCAAAGCUGAAGUCCUACAAUCGUGAUGAGAAGUUCAGAAAGAUUGUGGCGCGGACCCGGAAGAUCAAGUGCGACGACGAUGGGAGGGCAAAGCUGAAACGGGUCAUGGCUGCCGCAAUCGCGGAGGUGGAGGCCAAAACGGCGGUCUCAGAAGGAAGGGAGGCUCAAGAAGUCAUGUUCCUUUCGGACAUGUGGCGCUAUCACCUGGAAACCAAUCAGUGGUUCCCAAUCCGCUACGAUGACGGCCCGUUGGGAAGGUGGAAAGAGGGUGCCACGCCUGUUUACAACAACAGCGAACUGGUGUUGAUGGGCGGCUGCACAGAAACCUCUGUGAAGUUUGCAAGGAAUGACCUUUGGGUCUUUACACCAGUUCGAGGUGGCGGUUCGUGGCGGAGGGUAUACACGUCCAAUCCACCAGUCGCCAGGCGUGGUCAUGUCCUCGUGGCCAACCAUUCGCACCUGAUCAUGUUCGGUGGCAAGACGACUCAUCGUCGCGAAGAGAGGGCUUUCGAAGAGAUGGAAGAAGAUAUCCCAGAUUUGGAUUACACGCCACAGCCAGGCGAGAAGUGCUUGGUUGACCUGUGGGUCAUCUCCAAAGAUGAGGUGCUCAAAGGCAGCUCCACGAAGGAACUUCCCAGGUGGCAAGAAGGUGCGCCAUUCCCGGCGGGAUGCAGAUGGGGUGGCACCGGUUCUUUCCUUCGGGACUAUCUCGGAAAGAAGUACUUGGCCAUGUUCGGUGGUCGCCACUUGAGUGCCGGGAGUGUGGAGCACAAGGCGAGCAGUAAAUACGUGUACUACAACGACCUGUGGCUCUACGACUUCCUGCAGGAUGGUUGGUAUGAGGCCCCCACCAAGGGUGCCAGGCCCUGCCCUCGGGAUCAUCACGGAGCAGCCACAUUGAACGACAAGCUUUACAUCUACGGCGGUCGGCGGUCCGAAGAGCGUUCGGGGCACGCUGUCUUGGCUGACGUUUGGAGCUACGACAUCAACACACUCACCUGGACGGAGCACGUUCCGCUGGGUACAGCACCCAGUGCUCGAUUCAUGCCAGGAGUGUCAGACAUCCUCUACCAGGGAAAGCAGCACCUGGCGGUUUUCGCAGGUGAGACGUUGCCUGGCUCGACGAAGAGGACAACGCUAAAUGACCUCUGGGUCUUUGACCCCUCCUCGGCCGUGUGGACGGAACUUUUUGCGCCAACCUGCGAAGAACCGCCAGUCCCGGAAGAGUACGUCAGCUGGAGCACGGAAAUCGGCUGCCUGGCUCUGGUGUUCUGCUUCGGGCCAGCGCUGUACCUGGGCAUCAAGCAGCUGGUGAGGCCCGCACAGGCCCAGGAAAUGUCGCAACCCUUUCUCACCUGA